GCGGCGGCGGCGCCAUGGAGCCGCGGGAGGUGAAGGACCGGAUCCUGGAGAACAUCUCGCUGUCGGUGAAGAAGUUGCAGAGCUACUUUGCUGCAUGUGAAGAUGAGACCCCUGCCAUCCGGAACCACGAUAAGGUCCUGCAGCGUCUGUGUGAACACUUGGACCAUGCCCUGCUGUAUGGACUGCAAGACCUCUCAUCUGGCUACUGGGUGCUCGUGGUGCAUUUCACCCGGAGAGAGGCCAUCAAACAGAUCGAGGUGCUGCAGCAUGUGGCCACCAACCUGGGGCGCAGCCGGGCCUGGCUGUACCUGGCUCUCAACGAGAACUCCUUGGAGAGCUACUUGCGAUUGUUCCAGGAGAACCUGGGUCUGCUGCAUAAGUACUAUGUCAAGAAUGCCCUGGUCUGCAGCCAUGAUCACCUGACUCUCUUCUUGACCUUGGUGUCUGGGCUGGAGUUCAUUCGAUUUGACCUGGAUCUGGACGCCCCUUACUUAGACUUGGCCCCCUACAUGCCUGACUACUACAAGCCUCAGUACCUGCUGGACUUCGAAGACCGCCUUCCUAGCUCGGUCCAUGGCUCGGAUAGCCUGUCCCUCAACUCCUUCAACUCCGUCACUUCCACCAACCUGGAGUGGGAUGACAGUGCCAUUGCCCCAUCUAGUGAGGAUUAUGAUUUUGGAGAUGUGUUUCCAGCAGUGCCGUCUGUACCCAGCACAGACUGGGAAGAUGGAGACCUCACAGACACUGUCAGUGGCCCCCGCUCCACUGCCUCCGACCUGACCAGCAGCAAGGCUUCCACCAAGAGUCCCACCCAGCGCCACAAUCCCUUCAAUGAGGACCAGGCAGAGACUGUGUCCUCCUCUGACACCACCCCUGUGCACACCACCUCUCAGGAGAAGGGGGAGUCCCACGCCUUGGACCUGCCAGACGCCUGCACAGAGCUCGAAGUUAUCAGGGUCACCAAGAAAAAGAAAACUGGCAAGAAGAAGAAGACCAGAUCGGAUGAGGAAGCAAGUCCACUUCACCCAGCCUCUACCCAGCACACUUGUGCCAGGCGGGAGGAUGGUGACAGCCUUGUCAGUAGCCCAGGCCUUGGGCAGGGCUCACCAGACACCACCUUUGCGUCCCCCCAGGAGGAAGGAGAGGGGCCCAGCAGCACAGCUGAGAGCAGUGAGCGCUCGGAGCCCGGCCAGAUGGGCCUGCUUAUCCCUGAAAUGAAGGACACCUCCAUGGAACGCUUGGGGCAGCCCCUGAGUAAGGUCAUUGACCAGCUCAACGGGCAGCUGGACCCCAGCACCUGGUGCUCCCACGUCGAGCCCCCAGACCAGUCCUUUCGGACCGGCUCUCCGGGGCAUGCCCCGGAGAGGCCGCCAUUUUCCGACUUUAGUGAAGGGCUUUCAGCCCCAAUGGACUUCUACCGCUUUACCAUUGAGAGUCCAAGCACUGUUACAUCAGGUGGCAGCAACCAUGACCCUGCAAGGCCUGGCCAACCGCUGCAUGUUCCUGGUAGCCUUGAGGCUGCUGUCCAAGAAGAAGAGGGAGGAGGAGGAGAGGGACAGGCGCCUCGGUCCCUAGAGGACACCCCGGGAGAGGCUCAGGAGCCAGAGACCCAGGAACUGGAGACCCCGUUGCCCCCGGUCGGUGAGGGGCCUGUGCCUGAGCUGGAGCCUGGGACCCAGGUGGCUCUUUGCCGGCUCAAGCGAGACCAGCCCAGCCCAUGUCUGAGCAGCGCUGAGGACUCUGGGGUGGAUGAGGGGCAGGGCAGCCCUUCUGAGAUGACCCACUCGGCAGAGUUCAGAGUAGACAACAAUCACUUACUCCUGCUGAUGAUCCAUGUGUUUCGAGAAAAUGAAGAACAGCUCUUCAAAAUGAUCCAGAUGAGCACAGGGCACAUGGAGGGCAACCUGCAGCUGCUGUACGUGCUGCUCACAGACUGCUAUGUCUACCUGCUCCGGAAAGGGGCCACAGAGAAGCCAUACCUGGUGGAAGAGGCCGUUUCUUACAAUGAACUUGACUACGUGUCGGUGGGCCUCGACCAGCAGACCGUGAAGCUGGUGUGCACCAACCGCAGGAAGCAGUUUCUGCUAGACACGGCUGACAUGGCCCUGGCUGAGUUCUUCUUGGCUUCUUUGAAGUCAGCCAUGAUCAAAGGCUGUCGGGAACCACCAUACCCCAGCAUCCUGACUGAUGCCACCAUGGAGAAGCUGGCACUGGCCAAAUUUGUGGCCCAAGAAUCUAAGUGUGAGGCGACCGCUGUGACUGUGCGCUUCUAUGGGCUUGUGCACUGGGAGGACCCCAUGGAUGAGUCCCUGGGUCCUGUCCCCUGCCACUGCUCACCCCCCGAGGGCACCAUCACCAAGGAAGGCAUGCUGCAUUACAAGGCGGGCACCUCCUACCUGGGCAAGGAACACUGGAAGACCUGCUUCGUGGUGCUCAGCAACGGGAUCCUUUACCAGUAUCCCGACCGCACCGAUGUCACGCCCCUGCUCUCCGUGAACAUGGGGGGGGAGCAGUGCGGUGGCUGUCGGAGAUCCAACACCACGGAUCGGCCCCACGCCUUCCAGGUCAUCCUCUCUGACCGGCCCUGCCUGGAGUUGAGCGCCGACAGCGAGGCCGAGAUGGCCGACUGGAUGCAGCACCUCUGCCAGGCCGUGUCCAAAGGGGUCAUCCCCCAGGGGGUAACUCCCAGCCCCUGCAUCCCCUGCUGCCUGGUGGUCACCGACGACCGCCUCUUCACGUGCCACGAGGAUUGCCAGACCAGCUUCUUCCGCUCCCUGGGCCUCGCCAAGCUGGCCGACAUCAGCGCUGUCUCCACCAAACUGGGCAAGGAGUACUGUGUCUUGGAGUUCUCCCAGGACAGCCAGCAGCCCCUCCCACCCUGGGUCAUCUACCUGAGCUGCACAUCUGAACUGGACCGAUUCCUGUCUGCACUGAACUCGGUGUGGAAAACCAUCUACCAGGUGGACCUCCCCCACAAGGCCAUCCCGGAAGCCUCCAACAAGAAGAAGUUUGAGGACGCCCUGAGCCUCAUCCACAGCGCCUGGCAGCGGAGCGACAGCCUCUGCCGCGGCAGAGCCUCCCGGGACCCCUGGUGCUGAGGCAGAGCUGGCUGGCAUCCCGGUGGGGCAGGACGGGGGCACGCCAUGCAGCACAUACUGUCAUCGCUGUGUCGUCGUGCUGCUUGGGGCCAGGCUUCCACCCCUGUUCUACAGCCCACUCCCACCCUGGAUGGCAGAACCACAAGCGGGGUUUAGGACAGGGUCUGUCCCCUUCCAGGGAUCCAGAACAGAUGUUCAACACCCCUGGGCAUCCUGCCUGGCAGGUGGGCACUGGAGAGUGCCGGGGGCAGAGGGUCUGAGCCCUGUGGGCUCUGCAGACGCAUGGCCUCCUCCGUGGGGCCCCCGCCUCAGUCCACGCCAUCUCUCUAGGUGGUGAUGGGAAUGAUAUCGACUCUGAGGGAAGUGGAAGGACUGGGAGGGCAGGAGGCCCCUCUUCCUCUCCUGGGUCAGGGCCCGGGCUGAGGCUCAGGGGGCCCUGGGUGCCCUGAGUGCCUGGCCAUCGUUGUUCAUUUUUGAACAUCCGCCUGGCCAUGCAGGGAGCUGGAACACUAAGGUCCCAGUGCAUGUUUUCUCCUAACUCCAUCCCCAGGCACACUGCUGCUGCCUUCCAGGGCCCGGGGCUAUGGACUGGGGGCCGGCCUGGCCCUCGCUGGCUGCCAGGAGGCCCUGCAUGUCCAGAGCCCCCUGCCCCUGCCUCUCCCCACCCCCGGCAGUGCCCAUAGGACCCAGGAAUCAAGCCGUCUCCUUUUGCCAGGAGCAAAGGGGAAGGAGGAGAGCUUGGAGAGAAGCAGAGCCCAGCAGCCUGGUGUCCACGUUGGCGCCUCCUGACUGUCCCCUGCUUGGCUGAGCCGGGCCCUUCCCGAGAGCUUUGUGAAGGGCCCUCUGGGGAAGGAGUCAGGUGGUCUGGGUUUUGUUUUUUAAAAUAAAAUAGACAUGUUAUAUUGCCAAGACUUGUCACUGGCCCUUUUUGACUGGGGCCGAGGUGGCGGAUCUCCAGCC